UCAGUACUAGUGUGUCUUCAGUGGUUGAAACAGUCGUCGUAGUCUUCGUCGUACUAAGCGUUUGCUCUUCUCUUGUGGGUGAAAUGCUGGAAAAUUUCUCCUAGUGCAACUGCAGUUUGGUCGGAUUUGGAAUUGCACGAUUUUGGCGGGAUAGUGACGCUCAAACCUGAUUCGUCGUGAAAGUGAAACAUCGUGAACGAGACUUGGACGGGGAGAAAUCCUUGAACUUUUGAAAAGGGGAAAGUACCUUGGUCAACAAAGACCCCGCAGGAAGAAAGUGAUUUGGGCUGAUGUGGAUGCAGUAGCUGAUACUAACUGUUCCCCAGAUAUUGUCGGGCCUGGAACUUUCUACACAAGAUGAGUUUGGCGCUCAACUUUGAGCGCAAGUGUCGCACCUGUGGCACGGACAUUCUCGAGCUGACCUGCGGGAUUCCGAUCUUCGGCAGUGGGCUGCAGCUGGACCACAAGAUUCAUCGGUACCUGGGCCUGGAUGUCUCCCUGCACGACGACCUACCCAAGUGUCUGUGCGCCACCUGCUUCAUCAAGAUCGAAAGCAUCGACAAGUUUGCCAUCCUUGCCAAAAAGACCGAGGAAGCAUACCUGGGCUGGUUCAAAUGCAUCCGAGCCAACAUUGCCAAGCACUACAGCCCAAUCCCGGGCUCCUCAGCCACCGUUGGUAUCGCACAGACGCCUAUAAUGUCGCCGGGCGUGAUUCCACAGAAGAUCGACUUCAACGCUCUCAAGCUGGCCGUGGACGAUCAAAUGGCCAGCUCUUCCCAGCGGGUCUCCCCGUCAACGGACGUGCAGGUGGUGAAGUUGAUCAAGCCGGAAAUCCCGAUCGUCUCGUACAGUGAUCUCAAGCUGGGCCUGUUGAUCAAGGACCAGGAGUUGCUCAAACUGAUUCUGAAGGCCCUAAAGUGGGCGGAUCAUGAUCCGAGGGCGUCGUUUGAAGUGCUGAUUCAAAGGUUGAAGAAUACCACGUUUAGGGAGGUUUUGUCCAACCAUAACUUGUUGAACGACAGUGAUCUCAUCCAGCUGUUGCAGUCCUACAUUGGACAGGAGGCGUUCCUCAAGUUUAGUGGGGGUAGCGGAGCGGGUGGUAUGAACUUGGGUGCCCGAGCUGUGACGAUCAAACCUGCCGUGCUGCCAGUUCCGGUUAGAGGAAACAAUUACAGUACUGCACCGUCGUCGACGGUGGUCAAGAUGACAAAUGAAGUUCGAAUCGAAGAGGAUAGCGUAACCCAGAUGGAGGUUGGAGUUGAUCCAAGUCUGUUUCUUGAUGAUGAUGAUUCGCAGAACAAAACGAAGAUUGAUAAGCCUAAAAAGCCGGAGAAUGUUGUUACCAUCAAAUUGGUACCGGCUAAUUUGACAAACAAGUCUCCAGCUGAAAAGAUGAUACCAGCGAUUUUAAAGUGCGAUGUUCGUAAUAAUGGACGCCAUGCCUGCACGACCUGCCCAGAGUCCUUCCCUACCAAAACCGAUCUCCAGCAACACAUUGUCACUGCGCAUUUGGCGAAAACUCAAAAACCAGCGUCAGCAAUCAAAAUUGAUACGAAAGCAAUAAAAAUAAGAGUUAAGAAGGCCAGGACCCAAGCUCAAGACGAACCACCCAAGACACCUCCAGCUCAACCGAUCAUCCCUGCAUCGAUUCCGAUUUGUAUUCCUCCAACCACAACGAUAACAGUGGUACCGGCUGUCACUAAACCCGUGGAAAGCACGGUUCAACCUGUAACCAGCAACACCAAUACCGCAACCAGUACAACGACUUCUACGCUUCAAAAGCCUACGGAACCCCCAAAGGUAUCCACCAAGUCAAAGCGAAAACGCGAUAUCAAGCGUCCGCUCAAGAUUCGUCUUCUACCCCCAAAACGAACUCGGGGUAAAACGGUCACCGUCGCCAGCAGUUCAAAGCUGAGCUGCAGCAGCUGCAAGAAAAGUUUCUCGUCUAAAAGCACUCUCAAAGCGCACGUCGAGACCCACAAAGUGAAGGAAUCGAAGCCGGAUAAGCCGCAACAGUACACCUGUGAAAAGUGCAACCAGAACUUCAAAACCAGCUCGAGUCUUGCCAAACAUCAGCAGUCGCACGUCGGGAAUAAGCCGGAUAGGGCACGGAGAGGAAAUUCUUCCAGUAGCGUCGGUAGUUCGUUGAAGACCCGAACGUCGCGUACGGUGACGCCAGGUCGUGCAAGUGCACGGGCUGGAACGAAGCGAGGUGGUGGGUCCAGAAAUUGAAGAUUUCUCUUAACUCACCUUGGAAAUUCGCUAUCGUCACCGAAAAAGAGUGCUGAGCGCCGUUAAAUGGCAACAUCACUUGGUCCAGCUGAUCAUUCAAGCUUGUUUUAGAAUUAUUUUAUUUUUAUUGCAAACGCACAAAGUUCAAAGUUUAUCGUUCAAAUACCCCUUUCUCUAGCGAUCCCAGCGAGAACCCCCCAAUGUUACAUACAGAAUGAUGUAAGAUUUGCCAAUCCCGCUGCAAAUCCAUUCUCGCACGUGACUCACGUGAGCAUGAAAUAGUGUGAAAUAAAGCAUGAUGUUGAAAUCAA